CGGUUUCUCAAACCAGCCACCUCCAUUAUCCGCUUUACAUUAACAAACACAAACGUAAACAUUUGCCUCUGCAACCAACACCCAAUCACCAACGAUCCAAAAAGAAAAGUGCUAACGCUCCUUUGACCUUUUCGCUCCUACCUUAAACCAAAACAAUUCCACAUUGUUCUACAAAACAAAAAGGGAUAAUACCAUGUCUUCUUCCUCCUCUUCCACACACCACCAAAUCUCGCUUCCCCUUCCUCACACUCUUCUACCUUCUUCCUUCACAACCCCACAGGGUAACCCCCCACGCAAUCCCAUCCCCAUCUCCAUGCUUCGCUUCUGCACCUCCAAAACUGCACAACAUAAUGCACUACGAGAUGGGAUCUCGCCCUACAACCCUUCUUCUGCUACCCAAGUCUUUUCUUCCUCGCUGCCUCUCAAUACUCACAAUGAAACCGAUGACUACGACUGCGACAGUGAGGAGUGUGAAGCGUUGGUAGAAGAAGUUCCAAUUCCACCCAAGUGCUUUCGUUCUGGGAGUUCAUCCAAAAGAAGCAGAGCGGCGGAAGUUCAUAACUUGUCUGAAAAGAGGAGGAGGAGUAGGAUCAAUGAAAAAUUGAAGGCUUUGCAAAAUCUAAUUCCAAAUUCCAACAAGACUGACAAGGCUUCGAUGCUUGAUGAAGCUAUUGAAUACCUCAAACAGCUUCAGCUCCAAGUACAGCAGAUGCUGUCAAUGAGAAAUGGGUUGAGUUUGCAUCCUAUGUUCUUUCCAGAAGCAUUGCAACCCCAGCAAUUGUCUCAGAUAAGAAUGGAUUCAAGUGAAGAAAACAGAUCUAUGCCCUAUUCAUCCAAUAUGCCUAACAAACAAAUUGUGGCAGAUCAGCCAUCCAUGUCCACCCCAUCAUAUAUAUUCAACUCAGAAACUUCUUUUAGACUGGAAUCUCAUAUUUCUGACAAUAUAAGAUCAUUUCAACACACAGGUUUUUCUGAGAUAUGCAGAGAAGACAUAUUGCAGCACCAACAUUUAAAUGCAAACAAUUCAGAUACCAACCCAUUAGUUUCUUCUCAAGGCGCAUUGGCUACAGCAUCAGUUUCCUUUGAUAUGCAAAAAUCUGCAGUUAAAGACAGCAGCUCUUUAGGAAACUGCAUCCCUGGAAGUGAUCAAUCUAGACUGGUGUUGAGAAAUAAUGAGCCAACAUUAUUCUAAACCAGCGGUUCAGUGGGUAAUUGGAAUGUAAUGGGCUACAAAAAAAUGUUUGCUGUAAAUCUCAAAUGUCUUUAAAUUGUUUUACUGGUAUGAGAUUUUGUAACUCUGUAGAUGGGGAACAAAGCGCCGCAAUGAUAACUGGUAACAAGACUGAAAAGU